GAUGACGGCGCCCAGAGGUUCCACGAGCGACGUGGAGAGCAGCAGCGGCAGCAGUGACGCCGAGGAGCUGGCGCGGUGCCCCUGGGGCCUGGAGCAGCGCCCGGAGGCGCCGGAGAAGCGAAGAGCCGAUGCUACAAAUUAUCAGUUGCCAACUGCCCAGCCGAGCCUCAGGCAUAAGGUGGAUGAGCACGAACAAGAUGGCAAUGAGCUUCAGACCACCCCCGAAUUCCGGGCCUACGUGGCCAAGAAGCUGGGAGACCUGCUGGACAGCUCCAUUACCAUCUCAGAAGCUGUGAAGGAACCAGCAAAGGCUGAGGCACAGAAAGCCACCCCAGAGGAUGAUGGCUUCCGCCUCUUCUUCACCUCCGUCCCCGAAGGCCCCGAGGGGAAAGCUGCUCCCCGGCCCCGCCGCCGAAAGCGCCUGCCUUCCCACUCCAGCAGUGAGGACAGUGAGGAGGAGUGGCAGCGGUGCCAGGAGGCAGCUGUGGCCGCCUCUGCCAUUCUGCGGGAGUCCGCCAUCCAUGGUCCUGUCCAGGUGGAGAAAGAAACGAAGAAGAAGAAAAGGAAGUUGAAAAAGAAAGCCAGGAAGGAGGCCAGCACGGACUUGACCGCCGCCACCACCAUCACCGGCACGGCCACCGCCGGGAAGCAGGAAGAGGAGUCCGCCACGCUCCACGGAGACCUUGUGUCACCUGGGAGCAAAAAGAAGAAAUGGAAGGAAAAGGCCAAGAAGGCCACUGAGGCUUCCCCACUCCCGCCAUCGAAGAGCGCAGCAGCCGCGCCUGCGCACUGACCAGGUGGCGGCGGGGCCCAACCGGCCCCAGGACGCGGUGCCCCUGGGACGGGCAUUUCCAGGCGCUGCCGCCCUCCACGUCAGGGACUUGGCUGCACGUCCAGACUCUGCCCGUGACUGGGCUUGCCCACGAGUCGGGGAAAGCCCUGGUUGUGGAGUGAGAAGCCUGAGUAAGGCCGCCCUCCUGUGCUCCCUGGGCGCCGGGCAGACUGUGGAACCAGGACGUCUGUGGAGCCGUCCAGUCAGUCAAGGCUGACAGCCGAGUGGUGGCGCUCCCAUCUCCCCAGGGCUGUCAGGGAGGUGCGUGAGGGGAGACCGAACCCCAUCCUCAGCCUGCUGUGGGAGACAGCCUGAAGAAAAUGCGGGAAGAGGUCCUUGAGGUGUCAAUGUCCAAAGUGUUUGUGCGUCUCCCCUC